CUCGUGAGGAUCCGCGGGCUGUAGUGAUUACAUUCGUUUGAUCGGCCUUCAUAUAGAGCCGUCGCAGCUAUUAGUCCACAGUGUCCCCUUUGCGGUGGAAGAAGAGCAUAUGCCUGGCGUUUGACGCUGCCUCUUUCACCAUGGCAGGACCCGAGUACCUGGGCCUCGAUGCCGUAGGAUGGGAUCGGAUGACAUCGACCUGGUGGGACAAGGUCCUAGCAUUCUGUUUACUAGCCACCAUCGUUCUUGGUUCACUCUUUAUUCUGGGUUACAUUGGAAGGAAACUAUAUGGAAUCUGGCGGAAGCGUCAUCAACUCUCCGAGGUACCGGGUACCAUUGUCCGGUACUUCGAUCAGCUCAAGACUGAAAAUUCUUCCGUGCCCUUGUCCGAGAAAUCGGCCAAACGCGACCUCAAAUCUUUCGGAGUCUUCCUGGGGAAUUUCUCCAACCCUCCCACCCAAGCGGAGGCACAACUGCUUUCGCGAUGGGAUGUUCUCGUUGUCGACCCCCUUCAGUCAGGCGUCUCGAAUGCGCUCUCCGGCCACUGCACCUCGCCGCACGUUCUUGGCCGGCUCGACGUACAAAGGCUGGUGCCAUCGGAUGCGAGUCGCAGUAACGACGAGGUCAUCCAAGCAUUAACCACGGUGGUCCAAGCCCUGACGACCAAUUUCCGACGGAACCCGGGAUCCUCUUCUCCCUUCCACGGAGUGCUGUUGGCCGAGUUUCACGCGCACUUUCAGCCCGUGGUCCUGAACGAACUCGUCAAGUAUAUCAAUCACCUUGGAUUGGAUGUGUGGCUCGAGCUGGCGCCACCGGAGUAUUUGGGGGAGAAACAAUGCCGGGAGGUCAACAUGCAGCAGGUGCGCGGAAUCGUCUACCGCAACGGCACCAUCCUCCCCGAUGGCGACCGACGCAACUAUUGGCAGAUGGCAGAAAUGCGGGCAGCUAUGCGUGUUGUCGCGGCACAGAAGGCUCGAGGUGACUCGACGUUGGCGAUGUGGGACACAGUUAGUGAGGGAGUGGAGGUGUCGCACCACGUCCUGGGACGCACGUUCAAGUGGUGCAACUAUAACAGUGCGAUGAUCUACAUUGGACCCGAGACAGCCUUGACCAACGCGGAGAUUGCCGUGGCUGAAACCGUGCGCCACGAACCUCUGGGCGCCAUGAUGUGGCUGAAACGUGGCGAGGUCCUCGAGGCACAUGAUGUGUGGCGCACCAACAACACCAUCUCUCCCAUGCCUGCCCAGAACGCUUCUUCUUCUUCUUCUUCCUUCGACUUCGACGCUCUCGACUCCUUCAUUCCAGACCUCAAGGCAAAGCUCGCUCUGUCUGCCCCUUCAUCCAGUUUGACCGUUGACAGCCCUGGUUUGACCGUUAAGGGCCUGGAAUGGAAUGUUCGCGACGAGAAUCCACAGAUCGAUCCACUGUCAGUCUCUCCCGAUGGAGCUACGUAUACUGAACUCGGAUGCUUCCAUCUCGGCUUGGAUUGUACCUCACAAAACAUUACCGAUGUGCUCGAGACACAGCGUCAUCUGCGAGACUUGGACCUGCUCGAACGCCUCAAGCCGGAACAACUUCGUGCCAUCGCUGCAUCAAUCCGCACCCUCCAAAAGGCGCAGGACAUCCAUCCCGGCCUCUCUGAUGCCAUUGCCGCCACCAAGGAACUGGUCGACCUACUAAAUGUCAGCAGAGGUGAUGACAAUGAUCGUCUCCGAGUCUACGUCGGCUUGCACUCGGGCUUUCGGACACGUCUAGGCACUCAGAUCUGGGGUUUACUCGACCUUGAUCCCCACAUUGGCAUGCUGAAUCUCUAUGUCAAUGGUAAAACCCUGGAUCGUACCGGGACCAUCCUGCACGCCUAUCUCUCAGGCCGCGGAUUUAGCCGCACCCAGUGUUUGAUGGCGGAGAUGGCCUUGGCCGCUCAGAACCGCACGCUCUCCGAAGACUGGGAUAUUCCUCAACGGUUUGUCGAUGACAUCGAACAGCUCACUCCGGCGGAAAACCUCGCCUGGCAUCGACGGUUGGCUGCAUCUCAGUGCUCGGAUUCUUUCAUGCUGUGCGCGAAACUGCGGGCCUGCAGCGAAUAUCAACUCGUGGACGCGCCUUCCCAUGCCCAACGCCGAGCUUUGAGCUCCAGCGCCUACCUCGAUGGGGAAAUCACCGCCGCAGAGCUCGUCGCCUCUCGCUUGACGUGGUACCAGGAGCAGGGCUGUUGGUCUCCAGAUGCCGAACUUGCCACGGCACUCUUUUUGGAAGUUGAUGCUCGUUUACCGCAGGUACUGGUUAACAACGAGGCGGAUAUCCUCGCAGUGCUCCAGGAUGUGGUGCAAAACACUCUUCAGAAAGGUCGUAUUGAUGCGCGUGCGGACCUAUUCGCCCUCUGCAUUUUCUGCGCGUUCCGUCGCUUGGCAUUGAAUGAGAUCUACUUGGAGGUCCUCGAUCGGAACCCUCUGCCCAACCUAGACGCGGUGCAGGCUUCGUGCUUUACAGAGAUGUAUGCUUGUGGUGCGCGAACCGAUAUGUACUUUGACACGACACCCAAGCGACUUGGAAAGAUUAUCUGGAAAUGGUACCGGGCGUACUAUCACAAGUACCAGCCGCCUCAGCGGGAGGAAGCAUUCACGGAGCUUCCCACUGCAUACGCUUCCAUGAAUGUCGAUCUCGACCCGAAGGGUGAUCGAAGCAACGUUCCCUGGCAUUAUCGUUUUACAUUUUUGGGGAUCUUUGCGGUUCCAGCGCUCAUCGAUGUCACGAUGCUCACCACUGUUGGUCGUGGUCUCUACCUCACCACGUACAUGAGCGAUCUUGACAAGACCUUGGCAACUACCGCCCUGAUGUGCGCGCUGCUUGUCUGUGGUGGCUUUGGUAGUUGGAUCAGCUCUGGUGGUAGCUAUUAUCUAUAUGCUAUGGCGUUUCCCGCCAUGAGCAUGUUCGUUCUCACUCGUUUCGUCGCUGGUCUCGCGGUCGCUUUGGUCGGAGGAAUCAUCGCACUCAUUGUUGUGGGUGUGAUCAAAGGGUUUGCAGCUGGAAUCUUGUUCUUCCUUUACUUCGUGAUGUUGUCAACAUACCUUAUGACCCUGUCUGCGCUCUCCGUUUACCAGCUUCCAGGGUAUUCCUUUCAGUCGGGACGAACUGUGAUUAUGACAUGUAUUCCUAUCCUGUUCAUUUCGCCCAUCGUCACACUGUGGGUACAUCGCGACUCGGUCAUCUACCUCUGCUUCCUCUUUUUGUUCCUCGGUUCCCUACUGUUCGGUGCGCGGCGCGUCAUGGGUCAAUGGAACAACUGGUAUCUCAAUAUUCCCACGGUGACCGACACCCAAAUCGUGGAAUGGUACCUACAAAAAUGCGUUCCCCCUAGCGAGAGCCAAAGCGAGAAGGUCAAAGACUUCGGAUCCAAUGCACGCCAGGCUUUGUAUAGCCGUGUCAAGAAAGAGCGGAAACGCCCCUUUUGGGCCAGGAAAACAACAGAUCCGUUUGUCGCGAAGCUGGCUGGCGGCUACUCAGCGACUGUCUUUCUCUUAGGCUGGUACUGCCGUUACUCGCGCACGAAGAUGCCUCUGCCCUACAGCCCGACCUGGAACCUGCAGUUAAGAGCUGCAGUGGAUACUAUGGGUGAGAUGCAAAAGGGCCUCAAGCUUCAUAGCGCCUUCUUGCAUUGGCGUCAUACCGGUGCGGACGUCUGGUGUGGUAUUCUCUACUUCGUUGUCGCUCUUUCCGACAAGUGGAGUGCCCUCCUCACGGGCGAAUCCAUCGUUGGAUUGUCCGCAGCAAACAGUGCCACGUAUCGACUCACCGUUGGCUUCGCACUUGGCUACUACUUGCUGGGUGCGGUCAUUCUUGACGCGGUUUCUCAACCUCUCUGGAUAUCGGUUACCAAGCGCAAUCCUCAGCCUGUGUCAUCGCUUGCUGCUCUCCAUGAAGUAUCGCUCACCGAUGCCAAUGCACGCCGGAGGCUGUACUGGAAGAACCUAAUGAAGUUUUUCUUCCUGCACCUCUGGGGUGUAGCCAUAACUCUUGCCAUCAUGUGGACAUUCGAAAUGACCAAGAUCUCGGUCAUCAUGUUCUUGGCCUAUGUUGGCUGCUACAGUGGCCUUCUCUGGUACCAAUACAAUCGGAUCUUCAGCGGACCACAUGUGGCCAGCGGGCUUGCUAUCAGCGCUCUCAUAGGAUUAGUCGUGGGUAUCAUUCUUCACGAGGUUCUGCCUGCGUUCCAAUACAGUAGUGUGAUCGGUUUGGGCAGUGGAACCUGGGCGUGUGCUUUUUAUUCCCUUUACAAAGCGGAUAUCGGCAUGUCCUCGUUCAAGAGCUCCCCGGAGAAGGCCAGUGUCGUCAAGAUCAAGGACACCUCGAGAACUCAUGGCUUCAGCUCCCUGGAACCUUACCCUGAUCUUUCUCAGUCUACGCUGUCUCAAAUGUUUGACAAUAUCGGUCUACUUUCGAAUGAGUUCCGGUACAAGCUCGAUCCAACACUUCAUCCUGGUGUGGAAGUCAUCCAGAUCCUCCGCUCCGAUGAACCGAAGGCCAAACCCGUUCGCGCUGCGUUCCCUACUGCCACACAGAUAGGCCACCGCGUGGCACAGCUUUGGGAGGACGGAGAGACGACAGUGGAACUAGUCUCAGCUGCCCACUUAAUUCAACCAGAGCAAAAGGUUCGUGCUCUUUGUCGCCGGACGGGUGAGCGUCUCCAUAUCUACGUUGUUGUUGGCCCUGAUCUUGUCGGCUACGACUGGGUUUCGGAUAUUAGACGCAACUGUCACGCCAUCGCGGAGGCUGUAGUCCAAAUGACCUGUGAAUCUCGCCUUGGCCUGUCUCAUGAUCAUGCCAUGUUUGCUGAGUUCCUCACUGUCCAAGGCUUACCUGGCCAUGAACUGGUUCUACCCGAAGGUAUCAAACGUCAGCUUGAGAACAGCUCCGCGGAACGAACUCGUGUGCUGAACCACAGUUCCAAGACAAUGCUCCGCCAUUUGCUGCUUGGAAUUGACUGCGAUAUUGAGUGGGACCUUCUGCCUCAGUACGCUAGAUCAUUUUUGCUGCGCAGAUGCCUAGGGCAGUCAUGUCGCCUCUCUUCACAGCAAACGGAUUGGCUUGUGUCAAGAGCGAGUGCCGAUGAACCUCUUGGUCUUGAAGAAUACCUCGCUCGCUGGAAUCUGGGUGCAACCCUGACUAUAUCAGUCAAGGGGUAUGCAAAGGUACUGGAGGCUCAGCAUCGGGGUCUCGAGCACGAGGGUUUUCUGAGCAAUAGGUAUGACAGACCCAUCCGGGACAUCCUCGCAUUGAAUGCAGAAGUGUCACAUGUCGGAAUGCGUGAGGCCUUCCGCAUGUCACUUGCUCGGACUGUUCAGAUUUGGAACUCGUGCAUCAAAUUCAUGGUCAUUGCUCUGGUUGCUGAUCCCGAGUAUCAACGAGAGCUCGAGUUUAUGCUUCGAGGACAGCCUCUAUUCUUCGCCUGGCCGGCAACCGUUGUUCUCACCGCUGUAUGGCAAUUCUGCAAGAUGCUGCAGCGUAUCAUUAUUCCAUUGGUUCUGGUGCACGGUCGGGAUAAGGUCUCCACCCUGUAUCGAAACAUGCAAGGUUGGAAGACUGUCAUUUAUCAAAAUCGUGUCGAGAUGGAAAGCCUCAGUGGCAUCUCCACUGGUUUCUUCCGCACCGAACCGGAUGGCACACUCAAGCUUUACCAGUACACUGGAAGACAUGACCAGGAGCCCAGCGACUACAAGAACCUAGUCGCUAUCAAUACGUAUAGCGCUAAGUUACUGCUUCUGGGCCGACAAGAAUAUAGUGGCCAGGAUCUGAUCAAUGAGUUCAAGUACGACUACGCUCAGCAGGGAAACAAGUCGCACGCCAAGCUGCCUAUGCAACGGCAAUGUAUCCAAGGCAAACUGGAAGGACAGAUUGUCCAAUAUGACAAGCGCGGAUACAUCACUUCUGGCUCUGCCAUGCGGGGUGUCAACCCGAUGGAGUUCAAGUUCUACUACCGCAAGGGUGCCAAGUUCGAAGACGAACUUCUACGCGCUGAGUAUGAGCUGCCACAUAUGAAGAUCAGGGUCGCUUGGUGUAUGCCACCACCCAAUCGUCCCGAACGCUUGGAUAAAUGGAUCCCGUAUCCCCGCGUGACGGAUGCCACCUACGUGCAAGCCGAGGAUCAGCACAGAGCUACGUGGACCUACGAUCACAAGUUUCACCCUGUCAUUGCCACAACACUCAACGGAGAGGAUGUUUCCACCCCAGCCAUGAUCCACGAGGAUUGGUUCCAUGUGUUGGAGAAGCCAACCAAGUGCAGUUUCCUGGAUGACAACCCACUUCUCUCCUUUUCCUCCGUGAAAGUGAGCCUUGUUUCGCGCUUGCUCGGAACCAACGUGAAGAAGUAUCCGAUUCCCACCUCGCGCGCUCGUACACAUCUUUGGAAAUCAUGGAAAGCGAGCAAGGAGUUCGAUGCUAUUACCGCGCGGUGGUUGGAUGAGAUUCUGUUGCGUGCAGAUCGAGUCCUUAAGCCUUACUGGCGUAAUCGCGACUGGUGUAGGCUUGAAGUGGCCGGUGACUAUCUCGACGCACGGGCUGAUACAGUGCUGGCCCGAGUAGACAUUGAUCCGGAAAUCAGCUCCUGGACACCCAUCGCGUUCAAGAUUGCAGACUUGUCGAGUUUCGGUGUGGGCGGCGAAUCUCGCAUCAACACCCGAACACUCUCUACCCAGAUACAAGACAGCGACACUGAACUUCAUGUUCUAGCCAUGGACACCGGCACGUGGCCUAAUGAGCCAGGUGGCGUGUCGGCUUGUAGACGAGACAUGGUGAACGAUCUUAAGGGUAUUCGCUGGCACAUUCUUGCGGAAGCAGCCAACGACUUUGGUGUACCAAGGUUUCAGAUUGAGCGGAACGUGCAGUCACUGACAGUUCUGCCGCAAUGGGGUCUUGAUUUCCUGAACCCAACGCAUGGCAUGUUCCAGAACUACCUCGAUUCGGAGGUGGUUCAGAAGAUUUACGACACAAAGGUUGCAGACAUUGAGCGGAACUUCAUCCCUAUCUUGGCUAGCCUGGUUCGUUGUGCUCGUACGGUCAACAAGACUCGCGCACACGUUGAGGAAGCCACAAAAGCCUUGGUCGAUCUCAACACGUACUUCGAAUCGUCGCGCAACUGGAACGAUGUCUGGAUGAGCGAUACUGUCAAGCAUGCUUGGCGUGAGCUCUGGUUGACUGAGGAAAUGGAUGGCGCGAUUGCCGUCUCCGAGUGGUGGCACGCCGAACUGCCUACCCUGCAACAGCUCGAUACGGCCCUCGAUAUGUGGCACCGCUAUCUCUUCAUCUUUUCUGUUCCUGUUCCCGACCGCAUUCCAGACGUGUUUCAAGCGUCGCACCACUUCACGGGCGCUAACUACGGUGUCCUCUGCAAGGUCAAGCGCAAAUGUGCACUCCAUGUCUGGGAUCACUGCGUCAGCUUCCGAGAGAUGACUACCUUCCUAUCUGCGGCUGUGUCUUUUGAUUCGACUUUUGUCAACUCGACCUUGAUUUCGCUGGGUCACUUGUCUUGCGUCCUCAUUGAACAUCAUGCGGAUGUCGUUCUCCCUUGCGCAGAGUACUUCAACCCCGGAUGGGAGAUUGAAUUGGGAACAUGCGAGGGUGUGUUGGAGCAUCGUCGGGCAUUCGCACGCAAGAUCGAUCCGGUCGUCAACGGUAUCACGAACAUGGAGAGAUAUAAGCCCAUAGAGAAGAUCAAGACGGAGACACCCACAGUUGUCAUGUUGUCGCAUAUUCGUUAUGUCAAGGACAUCAAGACGGCCAUCAUGGCCACGGAUCUGAUUGUCAAUCAAUGGGGAUUCAAGGACUAUCGCCUCCACAUCUACGGAGACAUGGAACGUGCGCCCGGAUACGCCUCUGAAUGCCAAGAAGUUAUCGCCUCAAAGUCCUUGCGUGAACAUGUUGUAUUGAAGGGUUUGGGUAAGCCGGAUGUGGUGCUUCAGGAUGCUUGGCUGUUCAUGAACUCGUCGACCUCCGAAGGUCUACCGCUGGCCAUGGGUGAGGCGGCUCUGACUGGAGCACCGGUGGUAUGUACCGAUGUCGGCGCAUCAUUCUGUGUGGUUGUCAACCGCGAGACCGGCAAACGAUUCAGUGAGGUUGUUCCUCCCAACGAUGCCUAUUCCCUCGCAUCUGCACAGAUUCGUGUGAUGGCUCUGCUUGGCGAAUGGAGCCAGUUCGCCGAAGACCCUGAAGGCCUUGUCCCGCCCACGUUGGGCCUGCGCCCCUCUCCAGAGGAGGUGCAGGAGAUCUCGAAGCGUAUGUACGAAAAGCAGGAGCAGCGCCGCAAGUUCGGUAUGCAAGGUCGCGACAACGUCUUGGCCAGUUUCUCCAGCCAUCGGUACCUGCGCGAACACGAGCAGAUGAUGUGGUUGGGCAAGUACCAGAGCCUCAGCUACUUCGCUCACGGCCCGGCGUCUUCGAGUGGAUCGAGUGGAUUCUUCAAGGAUGCCAAGGGGCAGGUGACGGUUGAACAGGUUCCGGAUGCUCUGUUGCCUCCUACCCCUCCCUGGAUGGGUGGUUCCAGGCGCACCCGUGGGAAACGUUUCGCAAGAUUCAGUUCGACGAGCACACAGUCGCUCGCAUAAGUGAUCUCGUCACACAACGCUGGAUUUGGGAUAGAGUUGGAGUUUUCUCUAUGUAGUGUGUUCUGUAUAUAGUGGACCACUUUUCCUCUACUUGGUCUUAGCUAGCAUAAUCUUAAUGACUAUUGUGUACCUGC